AUGGCCUCCGGAUCUGCGCUUACACCGGAAAUCAUUUUUUCCUGGCCAAAACCUAAUUAUGUUGAUCCAGUCUCGCAAAAGGCUUCUAUCGAUGCUGCUGUCUAUGCAACGACCAUUACAAUGAUUUGUUUUGUCGCCGCCAGACUCUACGUUCGAGCAAAUCAGAAGUCGGGCAUAGUAGCAGAUGAUUGGAUUAUGGUAGCUGCAGCUGACUACUUCAAAUCGUGGGAUGCAACCUGGGUUGGGUCUCGCGUCACCAUCGCACUCUGCAUCGAGUACAAUGUUGGCACGAUGAGUGGUUGUCUCCCUUGUUUACGACCGCUCCUGGCAAUGGUCGCCCCGAAACUUUUUGCAGGAUCCUCUGUCGCACGCAGCAAUGGCUACCCCGCAAAUCCCGGUGGGGGAUCAUGGCGCAAAUCCCCCUUUAGUUCGAAGAACGCAAACUCACUUAAGCUGGGCUCCACUGGACCAUCAGACUAUGACGACACGCACGAACUCACCGACGCCAAGUACCAGGGAGCGCCGCGCACAAGGAUCGUCAGUGGGAAACGGGCAUCACGAGCUGACAUCGAUACCGUGCCUCUGCCUGGUAUCCGAGUAACCCAGGAUAUGUAUAUUCGUGAUGGGAAUGAUUCCCCGCGCAUUAUGAUCAGUGACACGACUAGUGAGGAGUGGAUCAUGAAGGAAGAUUCUCACAAAUGA